GAUCCUCCCGGAGGGAGGGGGCUUGGAGCUUAUUUAACAUCCCCAGCUGGCCCAGCCCGAAACACUCCGAGCAGCGGGCGGGCAGUGCAGCUGGGAGCUCAGCCAGAGCCAUGGCGUCGCAGCUGGAAGGAGCCAUGGAGACACUCAUCAACAUCUUCCACCACUACUCGGGCAAGGAGGGGGACAAGUACAAGCUGAGCAAGAAGGAGCUGAAGGAGCUGCUGCAGAGUGAGCUGGGCUGCUUCCUGGAGACCCAGAAGGACACGGGUGCCGUGGAGAAGAUCAUGCAGGACCUGGAUGAGAACGGCGACGGGGAGGUGGACUUCCAGGAGUACGUGGUCCUGGUGGCCGCCCUCACCGUGGCCUGCAACACCUUCUUCUGGGAGAACGCCUGACCCAGGCUGGUCUCCACCCUGCAGCAGCCAGCCAUGGCGUCCCCAAAACGCAGAGCCCCCCGCCACCCCCCCCACCUCACCCUCUGCUCCCCAGCACACCCAGGGGAUCCCACUGGGAUCCGGCUCCACAAUAAAGGCACUGACCCAGCCAG